UGUGUGAUUAGAGCUGUCGUUGUUGAAUUGUCCUCUUUUCUUUAUGCAGCCACCGUCAGGCCCAAGGAUGCCGUCACUCACAACCAGCUGACAGCGUUUGGGGAGUAUGUGUCCGAAAUGAUGCCCAAAUACAUCCAGCAGGUUCAGGUGACCUGUUAUAAUGAGCUGGAGGUGAUGAUCCAUCCUGAUGGCGUUGUCCCUGUGCUGACCUUCCUGAGGGACCACACCAACGCCCAGUUCAGGAACAUGAUCGACCUGACGCCUGUCGACAUCCCCUCACGGCAGAACCGCUUUGAGAUUGUGUACAACCUGCUGUCGCUGCGCUACAACUCCCGUAUCCGUGUUAAGACGUACACAGAUGAGUUAACCCCUGUGGACUCUGCUGUGCCGGUCCACAUGGCUGCAAACUGGUGUGGGACAUGUUCGGUGUGUUCUUCGCCAACCACCCAGACCUGAGGCGUAUUCUGACCGACUACGGCUUCGAGGGUCAUCCCUUCAGGAAGGACUUUCCUCUCUCGGGAUACGUGGAGGUGAGUGCUGACAACAACACGUCCUGCUGCAACAGUGCAGCUUGGUCUGUUUUAAUCUGCCUCAUCGGUGAAUUAAUCAUUUUGUUUCCUUCCAAAAAUAAAUGCAGUAGUAUUGGCAUGGUGUCAGUGAGACUGGCAGGAUGGAAGCUGUGCCCAGACGUUUAGUCUCAACCUCUGCUGGAGCCUGUGUUUGUGUUUUUUUAUUCAAUUAUUUAUAGAGCUCAUGGUAAUGAAGUCAGGGCUCCCACCGGCCCUGAACACAUCCUCUAUAGUUCCUGCCAAGAAAGGAUAAUUUAUCCUCAAAGUACUUUCAGUAGUACUUUAAGUGCAUCUAUUUCCUUGAAGGAAUAAAUAAUUAAAUUAGCCUCUUAGAUCUGGUUUUAAAAAUGUAUCAUCUGGUCAGGAUCUCAUAAAAGAAAAAGCUCCUUGUGGAUUAUUUCUUGUUACAUUUUUUAGUUUUUUUUUAGUCUUUGGGAUGCAUCAAUGAUAACCUCAAAAACCCUCAAACUGCUUUGAAGAGAUGUAAACAUGCAUUCAUAUUGACAACUGACGCGUGUCUCCCUCCUCAGGUGCGCUAUGAUGACAAGGUGAAGCGCGUGGUGGCUGAGCCCGUGGAGCUGUCGCAGGAGUUCAGGAAGUUUGACCUGAACACGCCCUGGGAGGUUUUCCCGGCGCACAGGGAGCCCAAAGACGCCCCGCCCAAACUGGAGGCUGGAGAGGCUCCUGAGAAGAAAUGACGUCCCUCAUGAUUCAUCCCCACGUUCUGUCUGUCCGAGUCAUUUUGGGAUCCCCCGCCCCCCAACUGAACAAAGCCACCUGAAUAUUUAUGUAAAUAAAACUAAGAAUAAAACAAUCCUGAAAAGAGA